UGGAAACAGUGCGUCUCUUUAGGAGCCAGUCAAGAGGCGCCGCUGCGACUCAGCUCAAAGUCCCGGACCUCGGCGAUUUAUGAGUCACUAACAGACAUAACUCUGUUAGUCAGUGCACCAUCUCUUUCCGGCUACGUUGUGCUCUGCCACGAAAUUCAUGACGGUUGCUGACUGUGACUCUCUAGCGCUCAUCAUGCCUGUCCCAGCAGAGUGCUGCACCACCACCGCCCCGGCCCGCGCGUCCUCGGCGUCGCUUGUUCCCCCUGCCCCGAUCAACACGUACCAGCCGGGGGUAGCGACCUCGCUGCUGUACGGCGGCUCACAGUUUCGUGGUUACCAGAAAAGCAAAGGCAACUCCUACGACGUCGAGGUUGUUUUGCAGCAUGUUACCGUGGAGGACUCAUAUUUGUGUGGAUACCUGAAGAUAAAGGGACUAACUGAGGAGUACCCCACUCUCACAACAUUCUUUGUCGGGGAAAUUAUUAGUCAAAAGAGGCCUUUUUUAACGAGGAAGUGGGACGCUGAUGAAGACGUGGACAGAAAGCACUGGGGCAAGUUUCAGCCUUUUUACAAAUAUGCCAAAAGCUUCAAUUCGGAUGACUUUGAUUACGAAGCUCUGGACAACAGUGAUUAUGUCUUCAUGCGGUGGAAGGAACAGUUUCUAGUUCCUGAUCACACAAUCAAAGACAUCAGCGGGGCCUCAUUCGCCGGCUUCUACUACAUCUGCUUCCAGAAGUCCACAGCCACUAUUGAGGGAUACUAUUACCACAGGAGUUCUGAAUGGUACCAGUCUCUAAUCCUCAACCAUGUUCGAGAGCACAGUGUGCCCAUUUAUGAGUUUCGGUGACACAAAAACGCAGUAUUACUGAGAGAAAAAAGGACAGUUCAGUGCUGCUCUGUGCUUAGAUGGUACGGGAACGACGGAGAGCCCUUUAAUGCCAAGUGUGGGGUUGACGUGUUCUCCUCCCUGCAGGGAGGAAAACCGUGUAGCCAAGAGUGAAGGAGAAAGGUGUUACGUUGUGAGACAGGAAACCUGAAAGGAAGACAACAAUGGACAGUUCUCGCACUCGCUGCUGUAGAACUGCUUUCAUUUUGUGGCCCAUUUUUCUUUUAAAUUUCAACUCUGUGCAGCUGACUUGUUGUUGCACUCUUACAGGAUCUGUCUCCCUGUAGCGGGACGUGAAAACAGUUCCCGUUUUUCCUUCAGUGGAGACACUACAAACGUGUUUGCCUUUUUAGUUAAGAGUCGCAAAAGAGAGAGAGGGAGAGAGUAUAAUAUAAGUGGAAUUCUGUCCAUCAAAGCUUAAUUUAAUAUCUUUGCGUCAUCACCAAGGUGUUUGACACUGUGUACGAUGAAGGGGGGGGGGUCUUCCUAGAUAAUAAUAAAAAUAAAAAAACUUUAUUUAUAUAGCACUUUUCUAAACAAAUGUUACAGUGCAUAACAGUCCAGUAUUUUUUCCACAUCACCUUUGAGACGCGCUCACGACCUGUUGAUCCAAGAACUGGAAAUGUUCCCUAGUCAAUGAUUUCCAUUAAGCUGCCUCGCUUUUCAAAAAUCCUCCUGUAAACACUGUCUCAUCAAAAAAAAGAAAUAAAAAAUCAGAUAAUGGCUCCAUAAUUCUCUAUGCAAGACAAAACUCACUGAAAAGAAACUUGUUUUAUUUUCAGAUUCUUUUAAAAAAAAUAUUUAUGUAUAUAUUUUUUUUUUUUAACCAAAGCGCACGUGCAUAAGGAAGUUAAAUGAUGGAGCGUAUUUAGUUACACUGACGACAUUUAAAGCUCACAUGCUGUAUGUGACAGUGGUGGCCCCACUUGUGAUUAUUUGAAAUCGAGCUCCAGUAAAACCUGUUUUUUUUCUCAGUUUUAUGCCAUUUUUAGGAGAUUGCGCUGAGAUUGAGUAACAAAAGAGUAAAAGCUCCUUUUGACGAGUGAGAGGGAAACCCUACUGCCUUAAAAUGUACAUUUUUUUAGAGCCUUUUCUCAUGAGGUUCAUAAUAUUUUAUUUUGAAAGAUCAUAUGAAAAUAUAAUUCUGUGUUUGAGAGAAAAUGUGCAAAGUGAAUGAAUACUUUCUGAAAAAGGCUCGACGUGCAUGUUCCUCUGCCCGCCUCUUUGUUGCUUGUAGCCUCUCAGCUGGUUCGGUGACCCUGCAGCAUGACAUGUGGACUUCGGUUUGUUAUGGAGAGUCACUGUUUGCACUGUAAUUUUUAAGUGGAUUGAGCAUGUUAUUGUUUGUUUGAACGAUGUCAGAAUAAUUAACCUGCUUUUUGUUGUUUUUUGUAUGAAUCAUAAAGAGAAUCAAAACGUGCAAUGUCAGAAUCAUGUUUGUUUGGGAGUGUCGUUAAAUGUUGAAUUAAAUGCACAGAUGGUGCAAAAAUUAAAAAAAAGUGGUCAGAUGGUGUAUGAUACAUCUGCUAUGAGUGUGUUGUGUGAUGAGAAAUAAAGAGAAUACUAUUUUG